GAUUUAGCGUCUGGAUAUCAUAGACACAGCUGUGUGUCUUGGAGUCCAGCCUGCAAUCCUUCACUGGGAAUUAAAUCAUCCUACAACAAUGAGAGAGAGAGCAGCGAGGAGUCUUUAAAAGAUGGAGGACGACCUGGUGUCAGAGGAUGAAAUCUUGCUGGUGUCAGAAAAGGAGCUCCACGAUGCUGCAAAGAGAAACGACUCAGAGAAACUACAGGAACUGAUCAGGAAGGGUGUAGACGUCAAGGCCAAGAGCAAAGUUGACCGGAAAGCUCUGCACUGGGCAGCAGGAGCAGGGAACGAACAGGCUCUCCGCCUCCUCCUGGAACAUGACACAGAAGUUGAUGAGAAGGACUCUUUUGGGAUGAAUGCUCUGCUGCUGGCUUCCUGGUUUGGUCACCUUAAGAUCCUGCAGGUUCUGGUGUCCUAUGGAGCAAAGCUCAAUUGUACAAACAAAGAUGGUCUCAGCAUGCUGCACUGCGCUGCUCAGCGAGGCCACAUCAAUGUCCUGGAGUUUAUCAUGGAGGACCUGGAAGAUGUCCGUCUGGACAGAGUUGACAAUUCAGGAAAGACGGCUCUUCACCUUGCUGCUGAACACGGGCAGAUUGAAGUGUCAGAGUUUUUGAUCGGGAUGGGUUGCACGCAUGCUCUGAAGGACAAGGAAGAGAACACUGCCACACAUCUAGCAGCCAAGUUUGGGCACACAGAGGUCCUGCAGAAGCUCAUUGAGACUGGAGUGGACGUCGAUGAAAGAAACCUUGACGGUCUCACAGCUUUGCACCAGGCAGCUGAAGGAGGUCACUGGGAAUGUAUCAAACUGCUGUAUGAGUCCGGCUGUGACAUCAACGCUCAAACCAAUACGAGUAUGACCGCUCUGCAUUAUGUGGCCCAGCAUGGCUUCGACAGAGAGGCCCAUCUGCUGCUGGAGGCAAGAAUAUAUGUCAAUGCUAUAAACAGUCAACACAACACGCCUCUGCACCUCGCUGUGUUCAACAAUCACACAGAGGUUGUUCGGCUGCUGAUCGAUGCUGACUGUGACCUGGACAUCAAUGACAGCAGACAGCAGACGGCUCUACACAUAGCAGCAGAGCAUGGCUGGCAGGACCUGGCUGAGAUGAUGCUUAUCUCUGGUGUUAACCUCAAUCUGACUGACAAGCAGGGUAAAACAUGUCUGGAUGUGGCAGCAAGAGGAAACCACGUCAUCCUGGUGGACAUGAUCAUCAAAGCAGACCGUUUUUAUAAAUGGGAGAAAGAUCAAAUGGGCAGCGGGCAGGACUCCUGGGUGGGGAGAAAUCUGAGCUUCAAGCAGGACCACCAGUCAGAGACUCAGCACAUCCGCUCAGUCCUGUGGAGCCUGGCCACCAAGCACCUCUGCCGUGGUGAAUGGAAGAUUCUGGCACAGCACUGGGAGUUCAGUGAUGCACAGAUACGAGCUAUAGAACAUCAGUGGACAGGUAUGAAAAGCUUCAAAGAGCACGGUCACAGGAUGCUGUUGAUCUGGUUUCAUGGAGUGGUGGUGGCAGGGGAGAACCCCAUCAAAGGCCUCUACGAGGGGCUGGUGGAAAUCUCACGGACAGACUUGGCAGAGACUGUGAGGCAGAAAGCUAACGCAGAGACCAGCUCUACUAAAACGUGCUCUGCAAUGUGACCAACACUGUGAGUGACUGUGAAAGUAACACAGCAAUCCAACUGUUUAUGUGUAAAGUCCCAGAACCGAGCCAAUGAGAAGAACGUAUCCAUAGCAUUAUUUGAUGACACAUGUUUACCCACACUGGAUAUAUACUGUGAUUGUUCUUGUUCAGAGCUUGUAUUUUCUCUUGGGGUGAAGGAAUGGGAUGUUUCUUCAUUACCUGCUAUCCUUGUUUCUGUUUCAUUUUCUGUUAUGAAAAUCAAUUCAGUUACCUUCUUUUGAGUGCCUCUGAAGCCCUUUCACAUAUGCACUCCUGAAAAUUACUUGAAAAUAUGAAGACAGCUUUCCUCUAAAUUUUCCAAAGUUUUUAUUCUCUCAUGUCUUGUAGCAUGAGGAAAGUGCAGUGCUACACACAAAUAGACAUAUUCACAGUUAACCAACAGAGAAGAAAAGAGCAUGCUGGUGACCAGAACAAGAGGAUGAAGCAGCUUCUUUACACACUCAGAUUGAGCCGCUCACACUGUAAAUAUCAUCAACCUGCUCACUCACUCAUGGUCAAACUUCUGACUUUUACCUGCUGAGUUCUCACAGUCGGAUAAAGUCUUUAUGUAACAUUUCAACUGUUUCUUGAAGAAGGAGUAACCAAAUGAAAACUUAAUAAGCACAUAUAUUAAAUACAUAUGUAUAUGUAGAGCUGGGCGAUAUUAAAAAAGAUGUUAUCAUGAUGAAAUAUUUCAUAUCAGUCAAUAUCGAUAAUUAUCACGAUUAAUAUCAAAUCAUCACCAUUGAAAUUUAAAGUCAGAUUUUUGCUCCUGAGUGAAAGUUGAAGACGGUCUGUUAGCUUGUAUUUGGAUUUAAUGCUCUGAUAGGCUUCUUGAAUCUCUCAUUUGAUAUGCAUAUUUAAUACUUAUUGUAUGAGUAUUGUUUUGAGUAGUGCACUCCACUGUAAGGUCACUAAAGGUUAUGGGCAGAGUGAUAUUGUUCCCACAGUACAGUGAAUGCAUGGUUGUUCAGUUGUACUAGGUUUUACUUUUUCUUCAGUGUUGCUGUCGCUCGUUCCCGCUGUGUUUACAUUCUGCUCCAAACGCCUUUAAACCAUAGACUGUAUAAAAUAUGGACGUAGGAUCCGUGACGUCACCCAUCUGUUUCUGAAGUGCUGUUUUGAGGCCAAUCGUCGUGGGCAGCCAUAUUGCUGCUGUCGAGUGAUUGUGACGUAAAGAGGCGGGCUUUGAGCCACCUAGCCAACAACUGCAGUGUUCCUGCAGUCAGCUGUGCCUCUCAUUGGAAGACUUGUAAUCUCAAUAUCUUCAAAAUUGCUGCGUUAGAAAAAAAUUCAUCCCCCGUACAGUGUGUGCCGAUGGAGAAAUGAGCUAUCCAGACUACACUUCUUUUUUGUACCAGGCAGUAAACAUGUUUAUUUCUGCUGUAAAGAUCGUCUUCUGUAUGUGGUUUCCGGUACUUCCGGAGCCAGCCUCAAGCAGAUCCUCGAUGAACUGCAGUUUUUAGCACUUCCUCACUGGACUCAUAUUUUUAGACCGGAGGUUGCCACUUGUUUUAAACCCGCCUACCUCUCACCCUGCGACAUGAUUGGCUGUUCAAUGUCGUCUUCUUCUUCUGUUCAAUGUUGGGUGGCACCUAGCGCCUGAGGCUCAUUAGCGCCCCCUCACUUUCCAGUGGUUUGGGUGUAAUUGCAGGUUUAAAUAUCAAAAUUUUAUCAAACAUUAGUUAUUUUUAUUUUGAGAAAAAUUAUAUCACAAUAAUUAUUGUUAUCAAAUUAUCGCCCAGCCCUUUGUAUAUGUGUAAAAAUGUCACUGCCAUAUAUACAGUAUAUAUGUAUAAUAUUCAUUUAUUUCAAUAGUGAUUUUUCAACAUAAUUAUGAUCACUGUCACUGAUGUUCUGUGGUAUCUGUCUUUCCACUGAAAGGAACUUUGGCUUGGGAACAAUAAAUUACCAUAGAGUUUAGUUAUCUAACAAGGAAACGAUCUUAAAAUACAAACAUCAAAAAUAAACAAAUUAAGCAAUAAUUUUGUACCUUCCUUUUCUGAGGAGGUUGGCUUCCACUUAUAUGUUUCUUCAUUAUGCUUUUUAAACUCAUAUUGUCACUAUGAUUAUGAAGUUUUUAUAGUUUAUUUAAUACCACACUGGAUCACUUGUUACAACCAAGGACCAUACCUCUCACUUCUGCUUAGUAGGUAGCAGUGUAUGGCUGCAGCUCUUACACACACACAUGCACACACAUGCACACACAUGCACACACACUCACACACUCACACACUCACACACUAAACAUACUGUAGACAGCUAAGAAUGAAUCAUUCAACUACAGAAACACAUGGAAACUCAUAUAUAAUCUUACCAGCAUCUUAAUGGUUCUUCAUGUUGUUGUAUGCUCUGAUGUUUAAACUGUUGUUAUCAAUGGUUUAUUCUCUGUCUGUGUGAGUGGCAGCUCUUCAGGCUCUGCACUCUGUCCUUGUGGCCUUAAACAUGAUUUGAUAACCUCAGAUUUACAUUUAGUGUGGUCAUAAUUGUUUUUACAGAGAAAGUAUGAUUACUUUCUCAAUUAGCACAGGCAACAUGAGCCGGUCAACCUGACUGUAGUUUAUCUCCGUUUAUCUAAAGCACAAGUGAAAGCAAAGAUGCUGCUCACUGUUUCUAUGAUCACUCACUACAUUCUGCACCACUAAGUCUUAACUCUAACCUGCUAUCCUUACCACAGUUUAUUCUUCAGACUUGCUCAGCAGAGGGAAAACAACUUAUGUUCAUUUUGAGCAAGUGCAAGAUCAGUGGGUCAACACUUGAAUUUUGUGCCAACUUAAGGGGUUAAAUGCUUUAAUCCUUUAAUUUGAUUAAAACAAGAAAGCUAAGAUUAAGUUUGGUUCCACUUGCAUUUCCUUGGGCAUGGUGUUUUUGGAGCGCUGUAUUUUCUGUGUUUUUAUUUAGGCCACUCAUUUUAUUACCAGGUGUAAAUAAUGUUGAUAUCAAUGUUAAUAUAAGCUUUUUUUGCAUGAAGUAAAACAGUUAAAUCAAUCACAAAUCAAUGACAUGAUUCAUGUGUUACAUUGAACUUCAAACUUUAAACUGUGGUGUGCUUUGCACGGCUUAAUUUCAACAUGAUUGCAACAAGUUGGAUGUUCACUAAUGGCUUGGGUAUGAAUCAAUCAAACUUUAUUUAUAUAGUGCCAAAUCACAUUCUACUGUAUUAUUAACAUCAAGACAAGAUAACAUCCAGUCCCAUCUUACAGACAGGACUCAGUCUGAUCUCAUGUUAAUCCACCAUGAGCAGAGCACUUUGCAGUAUUUAGCAAGUUACAGUGGCAAGGACAAACUUCCUUUAACAGGCAGAAACCUCCAGCAGGACCAGACUCAUGUUAGACACACAUCUGCUGAGUUGAGGUUGGAAGGAGGGAUAGAGGGAGAUGAAGAGAGAGAAAGAUGAUAAAAUAAAUGCUGUUUCCUUGAGUUAAACAAAUAAUUGGUGUAUGAAGUCAGCUCUAAUAAAACACUUUAUUAAAUUAAAGAUCAAUGCAAUAACGUGUUCUGCACUAAUGCAAAUGUAUUUUCUAUAAACUUCACUGAAAUGAUGUAUGUGUUGAAAAAUCAAUAAAAACUCCACUUUGAUAA